AUGGACAGCUUCCAGGCUUUCGACUUCGCUGCCUCUGGCGCCGCUGCUCUGGCCAAACGGCAACGAGGAAUUCUGGCCAUCCCAACAACUUACCUUGGACUCAAUUCAGGCCCAUCGCCCGGCAUUCUCACAGCCAUUGUGGUGGGAGCCGUCGGGGGUUUUCUACUCAUUGUCUACGUGAUCUACGCCAUUGCCACGUUUGGCAGCGGGGUGUUCAGCAGAAAGACGACUGUGGUCGAGGAGGACGUUGUGCACCACAGGGCCAGCUCCAGCGGGAGACGACGUAGGAGCAGAGGCUACCAGGAAGAGGUCUUCGUGGAGCGGAGGACUUCCAGACGGCCUGCAUCAUCGCGAAUCCGCGAAACGAGUCGUGGGGAUGUCGAAGGCGAGGACAUAUCGAUCCCAUGA